AUGGGUCGUCUUGAUGGCAAGGUAGCAGUCAUCACUGGUGGCACGAGUGGCAUAGGUCUUGAAACAGUGCGAAUAUUCGUUCAAGAGGGUUGCCGGGUCAUCUUUUGCGGGCGUGGUGAGGAGAUUGGAAAGCAGAUUGCCAGCGAGCUUGGCGAUGCCUGCGCCUUCAUCAAGUGUGACGUUAAUAUGGAGGCAGAGAUUAAGAACGUAAUAGACAAAGCUGUCGAAAAAUGGGGCAGGUUAGACAUCCUUUUCAAUAAUGCCGGUGGGCCUGUUGGGCCUUUUCUGGUGGACCAGGUCAAGAAAGAGCAUUUGGAUGCCAACUUUGCGUUGAAUUUCAAUUCCAUGGUCCUGGCAACGAAAUAUGCCUUACCUCAUCUGACGAAGCAGUCAAGCUCCUCCAUCAUCAACAACAGCUCCAUUGCUGCGAAAAAAGCGGGAUUUGGGGAUCCUCUCUAUAGCGCCAGCAAAGGUGCCAUGGAUGCUUUCAGCCGAGUGGCCGCCAUGCAGCUGGCACCCAAAGGUGUUCGGGUAAACUGCGUUUCGCCAGGUGCCACAGCAACGCCCAUCUUCUGGAGUGGGUCGCCUGGCUCCGCGCGAGGAGCCAAACUCACCGCAGAGGAAAACGCCAAGAAGCAGCAGAAGGUCGAGGCCAACAUCAUCAACAAUGUCUCGUCCCUCAGGAUAGGACGUGCUGGCACCGGCGUUGACAUUGCGCGGGCAGUGUGCUUCCUGGCAUCUGAUGAGAGCGUUUGGAUCACGGGGCAAGACAUUGUUAUUGAUGGCGGUAUAUCCACUUUUGAUGCCCCAAACAAAGCCUGGAUGGCAGAUCCCAACCCGGUCGACCCAGUGACCUUGCGGCACAAGCUUUCCAAGCUAUAG